UUUACAAUGCUGAUAGUUUAUUUGGGUACAGAAUAGCCUAAUGAAUUUUCCGUCGAUCCGAAAAAUGGUGUACCGCAUGACAAAAACGACAACGCAACAGCUUGACGACUCAGUGUUAAUAGCAAGAAAAACCAGCUGUGGUCGCUUUAUAAGUACAUACUUUACCGCAAUAUUUUUUUAAAUUAUAUAAUAAAUAAAUUCGAUGUGAAACAAGCAAUUAAAGAACGUAAAAGUUGGCAAGCGCAAUCGAAGGCCUUUCUAAACAAUGGUAGCGAGCUAGCAUAUGCGCCCGCGACCCAUGUUUUUAUACCAUAAAACAAUACAACAUGAGAACCGAUAGCGUUGAAACACCGAAAUUUGUGCACAAUGGUCAGAACUCACCCAAGGCUACAGAAACAUCAGCCGCGAUUGGAUCCUAUAGCCAUGCGCACGUCUUCUUUGAGCGAUUUUUUGGUGCCUUUCAAUGGGAAGAGUUUGCUUGUGGCUGUGGUUCGGCUUUCGUCAAUAUAACGGUCACAUAUCCUAUCUAUAAAAUAAUUUUUCGGCAAAUGCUACACGGUGUGCCCGUGACAUCAGCAUUUGGUCAACUGAGGGGCGAAGGUCUGACUUUUCUCUACCGUGGUAUGCUGCCACCACUUGCACAAAAAACCAUCUCACUUUCAAUCAUGUUUGGUGUGUUCGACGGUACAAGAAGGUAUUUAAUCCAUGAUUAUGGCUUAAAUGAUUAUUGCGCCAAGAUUAUGGCCGGUGUAGUGGCCGGCAGCGUAGAAUCCAUUUUACUGCCGUUCGAACGUAUUCAGACCUUACUGGCGGACUCAAAAUUUCACCAAUACUUUUCAAAUACCCCAAAUGCGUUUAGAUACGUUAUUACCAAUUAUGGGUUUCGCGAACUCUAUAGAGGAAUUGAACCAGUGUUUUGGCGCAAUGGAUUAUCAAAUGCAUUGUUCUUUAUGUUACGUGAAGAGGCCAGUGUUCGCUUAUCAAAAAGGAAAUCGGUCUCCAGUAGAACUGCUCAGGAGUUCAUUGCGGGGGCGGUUAUCGGCGCAAGUAUCAGCACAAUGUUUUACCCGCUUAAUGUGAUUAAAGUGGCGCUACAAAGCGACAUGGGCCAUAAAACAGAGGGCAGUUGGCAUGCUUGUAAAAGAAUUUACCGCGAGCGUAACAGUCGAAUUGGCAAUUUCUACCGCGGCUGUGCUUUCAACACGGGACGAUCGUUCAUAAGUUGGGGCAUCAUGAACACUGCCUAUGAAAAUCUUAAAAAAAUCUUAACUCAGCAACCCCUUACACCACAGUCACCAACGUGGACGACCGGAAAGUAAAUUUAAGAAAACGGCAGGAAGACCCGUGUGCUAUGUAUAAUUAAGCUUGCUGAAAGUAUAUAAAUAUUCUUUAACUAGAAAAAUA